CAGCACGCAAACGCAGAAAAAUUCGCUGGCCGCGCAAUGCACUGUGGGCCUCGUAGUUCCCAGGCUGGGCCUGACUGAGAGGGACAGAGGGAAGUGCGCGCAGCAUGGCGGGAGAUAUAGUCCUCCAGGAAGUCCCGCCUCCCCUGGAAGCCUAGCGGCGCAGGCGCACAUUGCUCUUCCUUAAGCGCGGGAGUCUCGGUUUGUGGUGGUUUCUCUUAGGCUGCUGUGGCCCCGCUACCGUUAGAGGCUCCAUUUCCCGGAGACUUUACAGCCCUUUGAGGCGAAACAGCUCCAGACUAGGGAGGAGCAGGCGGUGGCCAUGGAGGGACCGCCGCGACCUCAGGCUGCCCGUAGGGAGGGAUCCUGAGGGCCCUCAGAUUCGCUUGGGCGUGCUCUUUGUUUCCUUUCAGUCUCCGUGCCUACCGCGAGGAUGAGCUUUGCCUUGGGCACCUCUUUCGAAAAGGAGCAUCUCUGGAUGUAUCUGCAGGCGCUCAACUUCGAGCCAGGCCCUGCGACCAUUGCCUGCGGAAAGAUCGUGUCGCACACACACCUUGGAGUGAACAUGUUUGACAAGCUGAACCGUGAUGCCUUUCAUAUAGUUUCUUAUUUUUUAUUUCAAACUCUGGACCAGUCUCUCACCAAAGAAGUUUUCAAAUUUUGUUGGCCUCCAUUUGACCAAAAAGGUGAUGCUGAAUUCCGGAAACAUUGCUGUGAAUGGUUAAAAAGGAUUUCUGCUGAAUAUGGAAGUAGCUUUCCUCAAGUUGUUGGUUCACUAUUUCUUUCUCCUGGUGGUCCUAAGUUUAUUCAUCUGAUGUAUUAUUUUGCAAGAUAUGUUGCAAUAAAAUAUAUUAAAACCAAUUCUAAAGAUUCUUCUCUACGUUUUACAGAGGCAUUUAAUGUAAAGCCACAAGAUUUGCACAAAUGCCUUGCCAGGUGCCAUGUAGCACGUAACAGAUUUUUACAAAUUUUACAAAGAGAAGAUUAUGUUAUCCAAAAAUAUCAGGAAUAUAUACAGUUAUCAGUUAAGCAAGUACGAAAUUCAAGGUCUGAAUAUAUAGGACUGCAAAAUCAAAUAAAAACAAUGGGACCCUGUGAUGACCAAAGUAAUAUACAAGAGAAAAUUCAAAAGGUUCGAUCUUUGUGGGCUUCAGUGAAGGAAAAACUCACGUUCUUGGAAAAAGAGAGAGAAGUUGUUAGUUCAGUCCUUAGUCUUGUUAACCAGUAUGCUUUAGAUGGAACUAAUGUUGUUAUUAAUAUUCCAAGGCUCUUACUUGAUGAAAUUGAGAAACAAAUGUAUCAGUUGCACAUAGGAAAUGUUUAUGAGGCUGGAAAAUUGAACCUCUUAACAGUUAUUCAGUUAUUAAAUGAAGUCUUGAAAGUAAUGAAAUACGAACGUUGUCAGGCUGACCAACCAAGAUUGACAAUAGACCUUCACCAUCUUGAAAAAGAGACCAAAUUUCAGAGGGAAAGAUUAUCAGAUCUGAAGCAUAUGAGGUAUAAAAUAAAAGAAGAUCUCACGACUAUAAGACAUUCUAUUGUUGAAAAGCAAGGAGAAUGGCAAAAGAAAUGGAAAGAAUUUCUUGGUCUGUCUCCUUUCAGUCUAAUUAAAAAUUCAUCUCCAGCUGUGGAUCUUUUACCACCUAUGUCUCCCCUCUCCUUUGAUCCUGCCUCAGAAGAAGUAUAUGCAAGGAGUGUUCUUUUCCAGUAUCCUGCUUCACUUCAAGAUACACUUAAGCAACAUAACCAAGAAAAUGGUUGCAGAAUAGACAGUGAUACUUUGGGAGCUGUGCAUAAUCUAGCCAACAGCCCUGACUCUUCCCUGUUGCAGCCAGAUUCAUCAUCAGAUAGAAACAGCGUUCUACUACUUGAAAAGGACAUGAAAAUAAGAACUCCCAAAGAGAAAAAUGAAACAAUUUCUAAGAAAAUACCAGAAUUUGAAGUGGAAGAGUCUCCAUUAUCAGAUAUUGCAAAGAAUACAGAAAGUAGUGCAUUUGGAGGAUCUCUGCCAGACAAAAAAAAUGAUCCAUUCCAAAAAGAGCAAGAUUAUUUGGUAGAAGAGGUUGCCAGGGCAGUUUUAUCUGAUUCACCCCAGCUCUCUGAGGGAAAAGAAGUAAAAUUAGAGGAACUAAUUGACUCUUUAGUUUCUAACCCCUUCUUAACAAGGAACCAAAUUCCCCGUACUCCAGAAAACUUGAUAACUGAAAUCAGGAGCUCAUGGAGAAAAGCUAUUGAAAUGGAAGAUAACAGAAGUGAGGAACCAAUUCAAAUGGAUACUGAAAACAGAGAAGUAUUGCAUAAUCAAAGAGAACUUAGCAUGGCCAGUUUUCUCUUAGACACUACUGUGUCAGAUAUUGGCCAGUCUCAUUUGCCUGAAGAGAAAGUUGUUUCAGAUUGCAAGUGUGUACCUCCGAAAUAUGCGGUGACCAGUCACAUAGGUGAACCACCAACACAAAAUCAGUCAGAUUUGUUAAAUAAGGAAAUAAUUUGCAAGCAAGACUUAGAACAUACAGUUUUACCAACCAGGCUUUCAGAAACUAGCCAAAUAGCGACAUUCUCGCCUGCCCUAGGCAGUAGGAUAGAUGUGAUGGGCAGCAGUGAAGAGCAACAUGUUAAAAUAUUGGACCACUCACAAGCUUCUAGUAACAAACCUUCUAUGAAUAAAACUACAUUAUGGGACUCUUUUCAAAUGUCAAGUGGUAUUGGUUCUAAGAGUUUUAAGGAUAUUGAUUUUGGCAUAUUACAUGAAACUCUUCCAGAAGAAGUUGGUCACCUAAGUCUUAAUAGCUCCAGUAGUUUAGAGGCCAGUUUUAAACUGGAACCAAAUAGUCCUGUGCACAGUGGCAUUUUUCCAGAAGAUGUUGUGGGAGAAAGACAGACUACCCCAGAAUCAAACUUCAAUUUUCAGGCUAUUUGCAGUAGAUAUGAGGCUCUGAAGAAAUCUCUUUCCAAGAAAAGGGAAGACUCUUACAUCUCUAAUGCUGAAACACUUGAAAGACUCAAAGCAGAAUUGAGCCCCACUCUCCAAAAUGUGCAAACAGAUGAUGUGUUUGACCCUCAUGAUUUGCACACUGAGUAUACAAAACCUUCUUUACGGCUGUCUCUUGGUCAAAGAAAACAGUCUGUUUCACCACUAAUUAAGUUUUCUCCAGUGGAGCAAAGAUUGAAGACCACAAUGCCAUGUAGUCUUGGAGAACUACCUAAUUUAAAAGAAGGAGACAUCUUGAAUAAGAGCCUUGAUGCAACAGAAUCUCCAUCUGACUUGACAAGAUGAAGCAGUACCCAAUUAAUUUAACUACGAUGCACUUAAAUUGAAGCAGUGUCACUGGAUAGAAACUGAUUUAUAACUUAAAUACAUGUUGGAAGUAUAAUACUUUUUUUCAAGGUUUAAAAAUUGUAAAUGCCUUUUAGCCUCCCAUAAUGUUUUUAGGUAAGAAAAAGUACGUUUGGGUUUUUUCUUUGUAAGGAUACGGGGUUGAAUGUGAAGUAUUUGGAAAGCAACUGUCGAGUUAUGGGAAGCUGUGUUGAUUUCGUGAAUUUUGUAAGCAUUAAGUAAAUGACAAAAGUAACAGUUUGACUAAUUUAUUAUGUUAUAAUUUCAGUUAACUAACAUGAGGAUAAGUAGUUGUACUUUCACUAAGUGGUUGAUACAAUAGCCAUAGAAUAUACUGAUCUUCCAUUUUAGAGAAACCCACAACUUUUAUUGUUUCAUUAUGGAACAUUAUGGUACUAACCAGAAAAAGUAAGAAAAGUAGUGUCUUGGGAUGUAUAGUCAAGAUGACAAAUUUUAAGACUGGGAAAACUAAAUAGGCUUAAUGACUAUUUAAGUAGAUUAUCCUGAGAAAUGAUGUUUGAUGGAAUAAAGUGCAUGUGAUGAUAAGUGAAGACUGGGGCAGAAUGGUUUUUGAAAAAGGAAAACGAUGACUAGACACUUUGAAGGAACAUUGUCAAACUAUAAAUCCAUUCAGUGGGUUGUAUAACAUUUAGUCUAAUUUAGACUUUGAGAAUUUAAUCCUAGUUUUAUAUUUUAACAAAAAUAUAAACUAAAAAUUCAUUUAGUCUG